AUGGAUUUUCCCAUAGUAUUUCAUGAUGCCAGUUAUGAAGGUUUUCGUCAAGAUAAACGGCAUCAAAACAUUGUAGCACGAAAUUCAAUGGCGACCAAUUUUAAUCUCGAAGAUGAGCAACGUCGAUUACAAGAAGAAAAUAUGCGUCGUUUACGUGAGCUCGAAUUGGCUCGAUUAAGCGAAGAACAGGAGCAGGAAGCUCGUAAAGAACUUGAAGAAUAUGAUGAAUCGGAACGUUAA